AUGGACGAGCAGCAGCUGAGCCAGCUGAGCGUCGUGUGCGAGCAGGCGGUCGUCCAGGGCUCGUCUGGCGCGCUCGCGCAGAUCAACGAGUUCUUUGCAACGGACGUGCUUUCCAAGUGCGAGCUCGUGCUCAGGUCGGACGGCAGCGGCGAGUACGGCCAUGUCGUCGCUGCGACCGUCCUCCAUGACUACCUCCUCGAGCACGAUGCCAUUCUCUCCAUCGACAUCAAAAUUGGCAUCCGUGGAUUCUUGCUGUCGUUCUUGUCAUCGCAUCCCACGGCAACAAUCGCGCAGCCGUACAUUGUCAAGUGCUACUGCCUGAUCACGCGAAUCGGAUGGUUUGAAAUUGCAGCGGGACAACUGCAGCCUGCGUUUCAGAACGUGCUUGGCGAUCUCGAGCCGUUGCUUGGAACAGAGCAGUACCACUCGCUCGGGCUGCAAAUCCUGACAGACCUGGUCGUCUCAGUGAGCCAGCCACUGACCGGGUUUCAGAGACACAAGAAAGUCUUGUUUGACUUUCGAGACGUUGCGCUUCUUGGCAUCUUUACGGCAGCUCUCGAAGAGCUGUCUCAAUUCACACACAGGCCAUUUGUGCCAGAAUCUGACACAGAACUCUGUUUGUUGCUGUUAGGCCUGGUUAAGGCGUGCCUGUCGUACGACUUUAACGGCACAGCGUUGGACGAUGCGGCUGAGGACGAGCACGUUGCGCAUCUACCAAACUCAUGGAAUGCCAUUAUUGCACAACCGGCGUUGGUCAACAUGUUCUUUGGAUUGUAUAGCGGGUAUCCACACCAAGUCACCAUCGCUGCAAUGUCAUGCAUCUCCCUCCUUGUAUCCUGCCGGUCGUCGUUGUUUUCCACUGCGGAUGAGCGAAUGGCAUUUCUCGGCCGUGUCUUGGAUGGCAUCCGACACAUUCUCUUCCAUCAAGAGGAACUCGCAAAUGUUGAAAUUUACCAGCAGUUUUGUCGAAUGCUCUUCUUGCUCAAGCGGAACCACCAGCUCGCCGACAUUGCAGCUGUUGAGGCGUACCCAGAUGUGAUAGAAAUGACGUGCAAGUUGACAGUGGCCAGUUUCCAAGACUGGAAGUGGUCCAGCAACAGCGUUUUUCAUCUUCUUAGUUUAUGGCACCGGCUGGUUGGAUCGAUGAAUUUUGCACGUCGGCCCCACAAGUUGGAGGAGUAUGUGCCACAGAUCGCAGACGCUUAUAUCGACGUCCAUUUGAAGAACGAGUUCCUCAUUUCUCAAAAUGCCGACGAGCACCCGCUCGACUCGAUGGAGAAUUUGGUCGAGGAGCUGGACAUGUUUGCUGCGCUGGGUCGAUUCGACUAUGAUCGAACGCGCAGACUGCUCGAGCAGCAUUUGAUAAGCGUCAUUGCGUCCUAUUCGGGCUUGGUGAACUCCUUCCAACACGCCGCAGUCGGUCAGAUUGGGCAGGAGGCGCUCAAUGUGAUUAAUGGGGCUGUUGCAUCUGCAAUGCCGCCGCGCUUUCCGCCUCGCAAGACUGCGGCGAAUGUCAAGGGCGCUGGCUUCAAGUUGUCCGGCAGCGCUGGUGCGUCCGCGUCCAACGGUGCCGGCGGAAUGUCCCAGAACGGUUUGGCACGGGGCCGGAUUAGUCCAUUCGAUGUGCCCUUCUGCACCACGACAUUUGCGGUUGAAUCCAUGGGUGCAGACUUCCAGCAGCAGCUGUACCUCGACGAGACUCGAAUUGUCUGGCUCGUCAUGAUGAUUGGCGCGCUGAUCGGAGGGCGUCCGAAAAUUACCAAGGUGACCGAGAGCACGGAUGGGCACAAUGGGGACUUGGCCUGCCUCGUCUUCCGUGUCCUUCAAAUGGCCCACAACCGCACCUCCCUGGACACCACGGGGGCCGAUCGGCUCGAGUGCGCCUUUUUAUUCUUCUUCCGGAAUGUGCGCAAGGUUUACUUGACCAUGGAAUUGGCGGCGUCCCAGUCUGCUUCAGCGCUCGUGGCCAUCCCUCCAACUGUCGGUUCAUCCACGCCGCGCUUGAAUGAAUUCUUUGAGCGCACAAAGCAGCACCUGAGCUUGGCCUCUGUGGAGAGCCUUCUCGAUGUCAUUCUCAACAACAUUAUCUUCAACAUCCGCCGAUGGCCUGAUUCCGACGAUGUCAUCCAGCGCACGAUGGAGCUCUUCAAGGAGAUGGCGCUGGCAAUCAACACGAACGUUGUGUGCUCUCGAAUCGAAGCGGUGCAGUAUCUCGUCAAUUCAUCGCUCGGAGCGGCGUUCGAGUUUUUGCAGCCCAUCGAGGCCAAGUUUCGACAAACCUUCUUUGAGGCCCUCAUCCGCCUUGCCAUGCUCAACACGGGGGGCUACGAUGACGUUCGGCUUGAGCGAUUCUUGUUGCACUUUGAUCAGCUCUUCGAUGACGUGAUCAACAAGCUCCAAACCGCUGGUGCUCUCCAGCAAGAGGAGCUGCGCCACCAAGUCGUUUGCCUUGCUCGGGAUCUCACUGGCGUGGUGAGCGCCUUUUCGAAAAAGAGCCAUUUCAUGCUGCUGUUUGAGUGGAUUCAACCGGUCUAUUUAUCCGUGUUCAGUGCCGCACUUGAAGAUAGCGACGACCCACAGUUGAUCGUGCCCAUCUUGAAGCUUUUCGUGGAACUCUGCACCAACACUGGUCAACGGAUUGUGUUUGACACAACGUCGCCGGGAGGAGUGCAUCUAUUUCGCGAAAUGUCUCGCGUUUUGAGCCUCUGUGCUCGCAAAUUUGUGGGAGUGAAUGCUUCUAACAUAGAUUCAAGUUACCUCUUCGAGUACAAGUACAAGAGCUGCAUCCACUGCUUUGCGCUGAUUCGUAAUGCUCUGGCGGCCAAUUUCGUCAACCUCGGAGUCAUGACCUUGUAUCACGACGACUCGGUUGAGACAGCGCUUGUUUCCUUCCUCCAGCUGAUGAGCUCCAUUCCAACCACGGACCUGGUCAGCAUCCCGAAACUAACCAAAAACUUUUUCUCGGCGCUCGACUACUUCCUUCAAGACCUCACAAGCUACCUGUUUGUGAUGCCUGUCACGUUGUACAUUUCCGUGCUCGGCUGCGUCGAAGAAGGCCUGAAACACAUUGACCGGGAUGUGCGGGACCUGUGUUGUCGGAUUGUGGAGAACAUCACCGGCUACGUCCAUCGUCACAUGUCACGCGAAAAGCCGAGCACCGACCGCUCACAAAUCGAGCAACUUCUUGCUCAAGCCCCUCAAGCACUGCCUCAUGUUCUCGAGCUGAUUCUCAACAUGAUCUUUUAUGACACCGAUCGGGGAUGCCACAUGCUUUGGCGGCCGUUGCUCGGAUUGAUUUUACUCUUUGAAAAGGAGUAUGUGCAAAUUCGCGAUCUGUUGAUCGAAUCGUCCCCUCCCGCCCGCGUGCAUAUCGCUCGUGCUGCUUUUGAAAAGCUCAUGGCCGACAUCGAACCAGACCUGACCUUGCGCACAAAGGAUCGGUUCAAUGCCAACCUGCAACACAUGCGAGCAGCUCUCCGUCAAGGCGUUUCCGUUCGCGACGCGACGGCGUUUGGAACGACAAUUGUUUCGUCCCCCUUGGAAGGCCUCGGCAUGUUCGAUGGCGGCACCAUGCAAGCACAGCAGCACGUCCACCUUCUGCAUAACGCAGAGUACGGCACGAACGCCCAGGCCAGUCCGCGAUUUUAUCAGGGUGCAGGGGCAACCACUAUGUCCUGAGUGCAAAAUAUGCAAAAUAGGUGGUUGGUUGUAACGCCCAUCGCCUCGACUCUCGGGGCACCAAUGUUUGUGGGUUGUUCCAUUAUGUCAGGUCGUGAACGAAAACUUGACAGCAUAACAUUUACUUUUUUUUUUUUUUAAUACACACAUGUCACACG